AUGGAUGAAGUUAAAAAACUGCAAAUCAAAGACAUGAUGGCGUUGACUACUCAACCAUCCGCAGUGUUGUUUGAUGCACUAGAAUCAAGAAACGGUGACUCAUAUUUACUAAGAGAAGUGGACAAUGAAGGUAACAACGUUCUACACCUGGCUGCGCUUUUGCCCCUUGAAUUCAAAUCAUUCUCAGGUUUAAGUGCAAAAAUUCAAAUGGACAAAGAGCUUUCUUGGUUCAAGGAUGCGGAAAGAAGAGUUCCUCCUGGAUUAAAGAGUAUGAAAAACAAGAAGGGAAAAACACCAGUUGAUGUAUUCUAUGAUGAACACAACCAGUUAUCCAAAGAUAUCAAAGAAUCUGCUAAAGGAAUAGCCGAUUCUGGGAUGGUUGUAGCAACGCUUGUUGCUACUAUAGCAUUUGCAGCUGCUCUCACUGUUCCAGGUGACAAGAACAAUUUCUGGUUCAUAAUUUUCAUAGUCACAAAUGCAAUCGCAUUGUUUACUUCUUCUGGGUCCAUACUCUCUUUCUUGACAAAUUUCAUUUCUUCAAGAUUCGCAGACACUGAAUUUGUUAUAUCAGUACAUUCCAGCUUGUAUUAUGGCCUUCAGUUACUAAUGAUCUCCGUUACUACUUUGGUUUAUGCUUUCAUUGCAGCAUCCUUUCUGAUAUUUGAUCACACAACAAAAUGA